AUGGUUCCAUGCGGACAGUUGAAGGAAUAUCUUGAUUCCUUACCAACGUUCAAUCGCAAAUGCAUGCUUCGAAAGGGGAGAGAAGUCCACAAAAUCUAUGUCGACAUGACUAAAGGUGAAACGUUUCUUGAUGACCAAUUUGCUUACACAGAAUUUGGCCGCAUGGUUUUGACGAAUGGAAGUAUUCGUGCUGGGCGAGUAAAGAAUGCCAAGCAGAUUGUCGUUGCCAGGGAAACACUGUAUUGCAGUGGAACCACGGCAUGUAAGCGGGCAUGCGGAGGCUACGGAUUGUGCUUACCAGGCUGCGACAAAACGAAAAUGCGAGGCCACCGUUGUUCAUACAGAAUCAAGCUCACCCAGAGGCUUGGCUUCGUCAAUUUCUGGUUUGUUGAGGAGCUUGGAAGUCAUGAUCAACUUAACGGAAAAGACUGCGAUUUCAAAGUUAACUCCCAGCAUGCCUCAAUGGUGUCUGAUUCCAAACUUACAGACUUUACAAGCUCUUUCAAAGUAAAGCUUCCAACCAUUCCAAAAUCCCCCCCGAAAUCAUCUAAUAUUUCUAAUGAUGCUUCACUUGCCAUUUCUAUGAACAUCACACCUAGUCAGUUCCCAUGUGCCACAGAUAUGAACACUAACAAUGCCAUAUUGUCUGCAAGUUUGCAAGCUGCGGGCCAAACCUUGCCAUCUAUGUUACAACCAGUGCCAUCUCUGACCCCAGCAAUGAGCUCAAUGCUGCAAGCAAAUCUCAUAAACUACAUGACCUCCAUGACAAACUUAGACAUUCCUGUGUCUAACGCUUCCAACUUACCAAAUGGCGCUAUAAACCCCUUUCUAGUCAAUAUUAAACAAGAACCGUCCAGUCAUGACUUACAGAGCCAGAAUGUACUCGCGUUUUCUCAAGCAUUCCCCUUGAUAGCUCCGCCUCUCCUGUUUUCACUCCAGGGACCAAACCCAGGUCACUCUAGUCAGAGCAGCCACUCCCCCUCACAGAGCAGCAGCCAAGGUCACAAGGAGAGGUCACCAUUUGCAAGAGACCAAAAUGCCAAUAUUCAAAAAUCACUAGAUAUAGAGGCAAAAAUCAAAAGAGAAGCCUCAGGUCGUGUACAGGCAAAUCAUGAAACACUUGGACAGGUUCAAAACAGAAUUAUGGAGAGAGCAAAAAGUCGUAAAAGCGCUCACACAAUGCGUGUCCCACAGAGGAAUGAGACAAAUGUAAUUGACUUAUCGAAAAGUGUGAAUGAUAUAAAGCAGGAAAACUUUUCUGUCACAAAAGAGGGUUUAUGUGGAAAGCGCUCCAUUGAUGAUCUCAUAGACCGAAAGGUUAUGUCAUCUAAGACAUUCAAACGUCUUCAGACACUAAACCAUGUGAUCCAGAGCGAUGUCUUCCAAAAAGCAAAAAAUAGGCUUGAGAAAAAUAAUGUGGCAAAUCUUAAGAGUGGUUCUGAAGAAAUUGCUCUUAAUUUAACAACACGCAAUUCACAAUUUUCUAAAUUCGAUUCUGACCAACAGACGGAUACCCAACAAAGUUAUUUCAAGCUGGCCGGCUUGAGUCUUGGGGUACUGAACGGAACCGUCCCGACACCUGACCUGGGUAGGAUAAAGCUGCCGGAGCUGAUGUCGAGAAUCCGUCAGCUUGAGACUCAUGUGAAGGUGCUUCAGAGAGCCGUCAAAGAAGAGAACUCUGUAGCUCCACAUAUGCCCCGCAUGGCUAUGAAGAGGAAAAAGAAGUUUCGUCCCAUUGACUUCAACAAGUACACCACCAUACGUCAUGUAGCACUGAAGGUCAUGUACCUCGGCCACGACUACACAGGAUAUGCUGGCACAGAGGAAGCAGAGCACACCAUUGAACGUGAACUGUUUGAGGCUCUUAUAAAGUGCAAGCUUAUUGAGUCCAAAGAGUCAGCAUGUUACAGUCGGUGUGGUCGAACAGACAAGGGUGUUAGUGCAUUUGGACAGCCAAGGGAGAGAGCCACAUGCGACAAGACCACGGAGAUACGUUACUGCCACGUGCUGAACAGGAACCUACCACGGGACAUCAGGGUGCUCGCCUGGGCGCCUAUAGACCCAGACUUCAGUGCGAGGUUCAGCUGCAGGAGAAGAACGUACAAGUAUUUCUUCCCCAAAGGAGACCUUAAUAUACUGCUCAUGGAAGAAGCCGGCAAAAAAUUGAUUGGCGAAUAUGACUUCCGCAACUUCAGCAAGUUCAAUGUUAAAAAUGGCAUUACAAACUAUGUUCGAAAAAUCAUGGAGGUUGAAGUCAAGACUCUAGAUGAGACCGAUGACGGAUUCACAAUGUACGAACUCACGAUCGUCGGGAGGGCGUUCCUGUGGCAUCAGAUUCGCAGCAUCUUCUCUGUGCUGUUCCUUGUUGGCAAAGGGAAAGAAUCGGUUGAAGUGGUUGAUGAACUUCUGAACAUUGAGAAAAAUCCGCGUAAGCCGCAAUAUAACAUGUCAUCUGACGCGCCUUUGUGCUUGUAUGACGCUGACUUUGGAGGAGAAUUUGAGUGGAUUUACGAAGCUGAAUGCCAUGAAGACAACCUCACCUCCCUCCAGCAGCUUUGGGCUGAGCAUUCCGUCAAAGCAACAAUGGUGAAGAGCAUGCUGAAUGACCUCGAGAAAGCUAAAGUGGAAACAGUGACCCUUGACAAGAUGAUAGCAUCACAUGAGUCGAGAAAACAGCGAUGGAGAGAAAAUGCUGAAAUUGAAGUGCAGGACGAUAGCAGUGAAGAGGAGAUGACGUCACGGAAACGUCAACGGCUUGAAAUUGAUAAGCCUAGCCACAUAGAUGAUAAGCCAUUUGGAACAUUACAUAAACCCAAGUCCGGAGAGAAUAAGGAUCCUCACAUAAAUUAUGAAGAAAACAAUAAAGAAGAUGAUGACACUGUAAGGGACAUUGAUGGAGAAACUACUGAUAUGAAGGCUGAUAAAGAUAUCUGCGAUUCUAAAACCUCUCUUAAAGAUAAAGGGGAGUAAAACUUGGAGACAUCAGAGAAUGGUAUGAAAGGAAAAGAGAAAGUGAGAUGAAGUACACAAGAAGAGAUUGGGGAAACCUCAGUUAUAAGUCAAACUGGGGAAUGAGUCAUUUCCUUUGAUAAUUGUCAUGAGAAAUUCUCAGUCCAAUGAUUAAUUUGAAAAAUAAGACGUUCAUCAGGAUUUUGUUGUAGAAUACAUUGAAAUUUAUUUGCAAGGAUUAAUGCUAUUGAGAAUUUUGAAACAUGGAUAUAAUGGAAUCGUGUUGAAAUACAAACUGAUUGAGAAAAGUUAUUUCAUUUUUCAAUUUACUGUACAUCAGGUAACGAUACUGACCAAUUUGACAGAGAAUAUCUCACGACAAACACAGAGGUUAAUAAUGACACAUAUUACUCGAUGACUUAUACUGCAAUAAGACAUGGACUCAAGCUGCUCAAGGUAAAGGAAAGGCAAAGUGUUAGAAAAGAACCUGGAUGAAGACUUUUACCAGUUGUAUGGUAGAAGGGUGAUAUUUGGUGAUCAUUAUUCCAAUGUCAAGGCAAGUUGUUGGAAUUAGAGAGGAGAGCGUAGUGGAGAAGGUCAAGGUUAAUGGUGUUUAUGACACUGAGGUCAAUGUAUAGAGAAAGGGAAAUUGAAAUGGUCAUGGUCUUAGAUGAAAAACAAGGUCAAUGUUGUUCAUCACUCUUAAGGUCAAGGUCUGUUAUUCAAGUCAGAGUGGAGAGAAGGUCAUGGCUUCAGAGAAAAAAAACAGCAAGAUCAAGGGUUUUCAUUACGCUUAAGGUCAAGGCCAGAAUUUCAUGUUAGAGAGGAGAGAAUAGUUGAAAAGGUCAAAGCUGUAGAAAAAAGAAACAAAACAAACAAGGUUUUUAUCAGUGGAGUUGUAUAUAAUGGGUGCUAUAUGUUUGAGGUUCAUUACCCUAUGUGUGUACGGUCAAGGCCAGUAGUUUGCAUUUAACCAUGUGAGCCACUGCAGUUGGACCAAAAUCAAAUGAAUUGAACUGAUAUUCAUCAUUAAUCUGUCACAUAGACUUGAGUAAAGCAUGUUUACCUUGUUUUCUUGUACUCUAGAUAUAUGGAGUUAUUGAGCAUAUGUCAGGCUUUUUUGUGCUUGUGGUAAUUUUGACCACUAUUUUGGUUAAGUGCUUUCUGUGUGUAUUGGUUGCUGUUGAUUGCCUUAUUUAAAGAGGCACUUUUUUCAGAUUUGUUAGUUCAGGUCAAUUUUACAAGGCCAUUAUUUAAUUUUUUCGAAACCACUGAUAAAUUGAUUAAUUCGCUAGGUUUUAUAUUUGUGGUCUGCUGUUGCAUGAAAACUAAACCCUCCCAAAAUGCAACAUCAUUGAGGGUUGCUUGUAGAAAAAGAAAUAAAUCCGUUUGGUCUGCUGGAACUUACAACAGCCUAGCUGGAGGUCUUCAAUAUGGUGUUUUUAACAUGAUCAUGAACUUUAUAUAAAAAAAAAUGAAAUAUGUAAAAUGUGUGUUUUACACAUUGUCUUCUGUUUUAUUGGUUUGUUAACUAAAUUUAUAUUUUAUGUUAUGUUGCCAUGGAAAUGGGGCCAUUGAUUACAUUGUAUACUUCCAUUGUUGUUGAAAAAGCAUUAAAAUAUAUGAAUAUUGAUAUUAAUACUCCUGCAAAAUAAGUUUGAAGGGAGGCGGUAUAUUGGAAGUCAUCAUAGGAUUGGUCUGUUGGGGGGAUGGUCAGUAGGCAAACAAUUGUGGAGCGAACGACUCCCAUAGUUUUAGAGAUAUCUGUGUGAUCUUAGGUACACAUUUCCACCAUGAUGGUUAAUUAUUGCCUUAUAUAUUUUUUGUGGCCUGUCAUCAUCUCGUCUUACACUUACAGUUACAUGCCCGAAAGUAUCAUUUUUGGGCUAUAAUGGGGUUUGUGGAGUGACAACUCCCACAGUUUAAUAAGAGGGUUUACUCUGAUUCUUGUUUAAUUGGUUGAAAUUACCAUUAUUAUUAAAAAGUAUUUAAGUGUAUGAAAGUAAAAGACGAAUACAAAAAUGCAUAUGUUCAAAACAUAAACUUAUGUACCACUCCUGUCAUUGUUAUAUACCUAUACCAUGUUUAAGAGUUACAUUAACUCCCAUUUUGGAAUGGUAACAGUAGGCGGGGCUAAACCAUUCAGUAUCUAAUAUAUGUGUAAACAACAAUGAUAUUCACUUAUACUGCAUGUUAGUUAUUGAAUGUUGCCCUUGACAACAUGGUACCCACUACUCUCGUAAUUGAAAUUAUACACUCACGCUUAGGAGCUUGUGUAUCAUUUCAAGUACACAGUUGUGGAUGCCAUAACUAUAAUGUAAUAUAGUUUUACAUUACAUAGGAACCUUUUACAUAUGUAUAAAGGCUGAACAUUACUGGCUCGUUAAACGAAAGUGCGAAGUUCAUUAAUCUCUGUUUAAUUACAGAGUGAUGUUGUUAUUUAGUGUGUUGUGAGAGUCAUGUAUGAUGUCUGUCUUAUCUGAGUCCUAACCAUGAUCCUUUCUAUGAAUAUAUCUUUUAUCUUGGUAUAUCUUGUUGAGAUAAUUAAAUUGACAUUUAAAAGCUGAACACGCAAAAAUAUUUAAUGAUUGGUGAGUGCUGAAAGAUUUACUGUGAUCUACUAUCAUCUCACAAGGUAGAAAUACCUUGUCCUCUGCACUUUUAUUUCAAAUUAAACUCGACAACCUUCAUAAAAAACAUUGUUUUUGACAUUUAUUCAUCCUUUUUGAUAUGUUAAACAGUUGUAUUAAUUGUGAUAAAUCUUAUGUUGGAGUAAGAGUCCAUCUUUAAAGUAUCAAUAUAUUUCAGAAAUAGUAAAGUACUAUCCGUUAUAUCUUGUUGAGAGAAUUUACAGUAACUGUCAUGAUAUUUUAGAAAAAGUAAUUUUUCCAAGAGCUACCUGCAGUUCAGUUUAAGCUUUAUUAAGGAGUUUAAUACCGUUGAUGCACGUUCUUUUGUCAUAAAGUAAUUAAGUACUGAACAAAGUGUAAUCCACUUUACCCACUUUUUUUCACUGUUUUUCGUGUGUGUGUUAUCUAUCCUAGUAUAUUAUGUACAGUACAAUGGUAAAAGAGUGGAGAUGUAGACUAUACCACAUUUGAACGUUUUAGUGUAUUAUCGACACGGUUAAGACGGUAAAGGAGUGAAGAUGUAGACUAUACCACAUUUUAAUGUUUUAGCGUUUUAUCGACACGGUUAAGACGGUAAAGGAGUGAAGCUGUACAUUAUACCACAUUUUACUGUCUUAGUGUAUUAUCGACUUGCUUGGUCAAAGGGUACAUCAGAAUGUAGAUAUUUUGUGUUGUGGACGUGUAGCUAAUUUUGAAUGUUAAAUGUUGCCGAGGUAGUCUUCGUCAUUCCAAAUAUACAUUUUCAGAUCACGUUGUAUUUAAAUUGUAAUGUAUACACUCAUUAAGGUACUCACCAUGGCAUGGUCUCGCAGUAUUCAUGUUCAGGUAAGCCAUCCAUCAUCAGGAUGCAAAGAUGUGUUAGUGCAUUAAGGUAAGCCAUUAAUCAUUAGGAUGCAAAGAUGUGUUAGUACAUUAAGGUAUGCCAUCCAUCAUAAGGAUGCAAAGAUGUGUUAGUGCAUUAAGGUAUGCCAUCCAUCUUAAGGAUGCAAAGAUGUGUUAGUGCAUUAAGGUAUGCCAUCCAUCAUAAGGAUGCAAAGAUGUGUUAGUGCAUUAAGGUAUGCCAUCCAUCAUAAGGAUGCAAAGAUGUGUUAGUGCAUUAAAGUACGCCAUCCAUCAUAAGGAUGCAAAGAUGUGUUAGUGCAUUAAGGUAUGCCAUCCAUCUUAAGGAUGCAAAGAUGUGUUAGUGCAUUAAGGUAUGCCAUCCAUCAUAAGGAUGCAAAGAUGUGUUAGUGCAUUACGGUAUGCCAUCCAUCUUAAGGAUGCAAAAAAGAGAAAGUGCAUUAAGGUAAGCCAUCCAUCAUAAGGAUGCAAAGAUGUGUGAGUGCAUUAAGGUAAGCCAUCCAUCAUAAGGAUGCAAAGAUGUGUAAGUGCAUUUUAGAUAUUGACAACAGAUUAUUUCUAUGUUUAAUCUAUAUUCCUGAACCAUCAUUUUAUUUUAUGGAUUUCAUUUUUGAAUAACACCAUAAUGAUGCUACUAUUAUAAUAUGAUUAAAGGGAGGUAAUAUAACAUUUAUGUUAUGAUAUAUUAAAGGGAGGUAAUAUAACAUUUAUGUUAUGAUAUAUUAAAGGGAGGUAAUAUAACAUUUAUGUUAUGAUAUAUUAAAGGGAGGUAAUAUAGCAUUUAUGUUAUGAUAUAUUAAAGGGAGGUAAUAUUGCAUUUAUGUUAUGAUAUAUUAAAGGGAGGUAAUAUUACAUUUAUGUUAUGAUAUAUUAAAGGGAGGUAAUAUUACAUUUAUGUUAUGAUAUAUUAAAGGGAGGUAAUAUUACAUUAUGUUAUGAUAUAUUAAAGGGAGGUAAUAUAACAUUUAUGUUAUGAUAUAUUAAAGGGAGGUAAUAUAACAUUUAUGUUAUGAUAUAAUAAAGGGAGGUAAUAAAACAAAAUUUAAAUAUGAUUAUUCAGCAAUUUUAUUAAUAUAAUUAUUUAAUAAAAUAAUGUCUAUAUUAAAAUGCUUUAACUAAAAAGAAACUGGAACUUAACGUUUUGUAACUUUUAAACAAAACUUUACCAGUAUCAAUUUGUUUCAUUGAUGUUGGAUGGAUUACCUUAAUAAACUUUGUAUGUAACAUCUUGCUGUUUACUGAAUCUAUAUUAUACAUUUUGAAACAGAAUAUAAGGUAACAUGUGCCAAACAUCACAGAUAUACUUGUAUGCAUCAUACUAUUGCUUCAAGAAAUCAUUAAAUUCAAACAUUGCUGAAUGUUGUUACUAUUUAUAGAAAUCAGCAAUGUACACUUUUCUAGUAAGUUCAGCGUUAUGUAAUGGUCAAAGGUUACCUGGCUUAGUGUUUGAGAUUAUCUUUUGUCUAAUUGUCUUUUGUCAAUAAUGGCUGACUGCAGAUUUACAGAUUUGAGGAAUAAUACCAUCCUAUUCGACAAAAUAUAAUUUCAAACACUAUUUUUUAUCACUUAAACAUCAGAUAUAAAUAGAUAUUAUAUGCUGUGCGAUGUCAAACUUACGAUUUUUACUCAAUGUGCUUUUUCAGAGAGGUGCUUUUAUAUGAUGUUUUAGAUAUUUGUAGAAUAAUUUUAUGGAUUAAAAUUUACUCACAGAAUUGUUGUUUGAGAUUUUUCAGAAAUUACCAUAUUCAAUUAUUGGUAUUUAUAGUCUAGUCAUAUAGUUAACUGUCUGUAUUGUUUAAUUGUUGGAUAUGGUGUUAUGUACAUAUUUACAUGUUUUAAUAUUUUAAAAAAGAUUGUAAAAAAGAAAAGCAAAGUUAUUUAGUAGAAAUGUUACAGUUUCAAUGAGAUGUUUAAAAUAUAUAAGUCUGAUGAAGUGUGUUUUUUACAGAGUUUUAAAAUUUAUCCUAGCUCUGUUUACUGUAUUGAUUGAUAUUUUUAGCAUUUAAAACAUUCUGGUCCGUUUCCUUGGAUACGUCUUGUGUUUGUCAGUAACUUAUUUGGCAUUGAAUAAAACA